AUGGCCCGUCCCCCGAGUCCCUUGGCUAUGGAAUAUGUUAAUGACUUUGACUUGAUGAAGUUUGAAAUAAAGCGGGAACUCCCAGAGGGCCGACCUGGACUCCCCACAGCCUCACUGGGCUCCACACCUUACAGCUCAGUGCCUCCUUCACCCACCUUCAGUGAGCCAGGCAUGGUGGGCAGUAAUGAGGACCCCAGGCCAGGCCUGGAGGAGCUGUAUUGGUUGGCCACUCUGCAGCAGCAGCUGGGGGCUGAUGAGGUGCUGGGGUUGAGUCCUGAUGAGGCUGUGGAGCUGCUUCAGAACCAGGGCCCAGUCCCUGUAGAAGGGCCCCAUGGCUACUAUUCAGGGAGCCCAGGAGAGACAGGAGCCCAGCAUGCCCAGCUGCCCGAGAGAUUUUCGGACGCGGCGCUGGUCUCGAUGUCUGUGCGCGAGCUGAACCGGCAGCUGCGGGGCUGCGGGCGCGACGAGGCUCUGCGGCUGAAGCAGAGGCGCCGCACGCUCAAGAACCGCGGCUACGCGCAGGCCUGUCGCUCCAAGCGGCUGCAGCAGCGGCGCGGGCUGGAGGCAGAGCGUGCCCGCUUGGUCGCCCAGCUGGACGCACUGCGGGCCGAGGUGGCCCGACUCGCUCGCGAGCGCGACCUCUACAAGGCCCGCUGUGACCGGCUGACCUCCAGCGGCCCUGGGUCCGACGACCACGCUCACCUCUUCCUCUGAGCCUCUAGAGCAGGGGGUGUGGCGGUUUGGAGGUGUCUGGGUAGGUGGCACUCACCAAAUCGCUACCCGAGGCCCUGUGUGUCGAUACAAAUGUUCCCAAACUACUGACCCUCGUGGCAUGUCUGAGCUUAGAUGCUCGCCCUUUCCUGGAGGUUAGACCCCUUCUCUUUUGCAGGCCAUGACUUUUCAUGAUUAGAACACUGAAUUCUGCAGGGGCUAGUGCCUGUACUGAGGGUGAAGGUGUGGAGGCUGGGUGGAUGGUAUGCUCAAUAGGAGGAGAGGGAGGGGUGCAGCGCCCUCCUUCAGUCUAGCUUUUAAUUCAAGGUUUUCAACCUGUAAUGCAUUGAUGCUGUAAUUAACAAUGAAGCUGCAUUUUAACUGACGCUUGGUACUCCCCUUUAGAGGACUACCGAAUUUUCAAGACUUCAGUUUCUUCAAACAGAGUAGUAGAUUAACUCAAGAUGAUAUUUCCUGCUUAAGCCAGUGACCUUUAGAAUCCAAAGCGACAGAGUAAACACCCUGGAUGGGAGCCUGGAGACCUGGGCACUGGUCUCAACUGUGUCGCGGGCUAUAUGGUCUGUUACUUAAGCAAAGCAAUUGCCAUGGGAUUUCAGUUACUUCCUCUAACUUUCGCUUGGAUUGGAUGACUUCUGACACUGUUUUAGUUUUGGCAUCUUCCACAGUGAGCAAGUCUAAAUGGUCUCCCCAAGGGGCUCCAAGAUAACGGCACCAAAAGGACAUCCUGUUCAGCCUCCAGGCUGUAGCUCAGGCGGUAGACACACAGCUUGGCUUCUCUGGAAAUUCUCAUUUGCACCGGCUCUCUGUGGCUCCCUCUAGGCUGCCUCGGCCUCCCUACUGCAGAGGGUGCCCCUGCUACCUCUUGCCACUCAGAGCUGAAGUGCGACCUCACAGGAUAACCAGGAGCCCAGAAAGGGUGGCUUUGGUGAAUUAAACCU